AUGUUGGACUUCUUCACCAAUGCCAGCCUUCUGCAAGAGACAGCUUCACAAUAUAUGGGAAAUACCCAACAUUUUUCAGAGCAGAGGCAGGAUCAGCAAAGGAAAAUCCAGGCAGAGAUUAAACAUAUUAAAAAUGAAAACCAGAAGCUCAAGGAGGAGCAACUGGAGCAGGAGAUGAUGGCUGAGCAGCUGACCCUGGAAGCUCGGCUUCCUCCCCCCCCUUGGCUGCUUACUCCCAUCUCUCUCCCUCCAUUUCAGACCAGCUGCUCUGACCCGAGCGGUAGGGAGAGACAGCGGAGAGGUGGCCCAGUGCGGCUAUCCCAGAUCCAGUUACCUGCAGGAUCUGAGGCACAGCUGGCCCCGCAGCCUCCUCCAAGAAGACCUAAGCAGACCCACAGACCAGUCUGGGUGCGGGCCCCUCUGCUGGUGCACCCACCAUAUCCCAGGGAAGAGGGUGAAGACAUGGGGGCAGGUGAUGUUCCCAGGGGCAAGAGCCAGCCGCUCCACACCAAAACCCUGAGGCACUGGCAGAAGCUGCCCAGACUGGCUGUGCAGGGAAUGGGCCUGGACAGAAGCCCUCAGAGCAGGGUCCAGCUGGAGGCUCCAGGGAUGAGAGCUGUGCCCCAGAGGAACCCAGAGCCCUGCACACCCAGGCGGGGCCUGGGAAGACCAAUAAAUUGGCCAUGUCCUGGCCUGAAACCCUUUGCGCCCCAAGCUCUCAUCCUCAAGAUAGCUGGGCUCAGAGCAACCCCAAAUAUGUCUGUCUGGGGAAUGAGCCUGCCAUGAAAGCCUGCAUGGCCAUCACAGGACCAGGGCAAGUGACAUGGCAGCACCAUGGU